UUCAAAUUUGAUUUUUCGAACUGUCCAAAAUGUGGAUUAAAAGCCGAGCUGAUGUUGAUCUCACGAGAGAGUUUAUCUUCCGAAAUAGUGGUCAAACUUACAAUGGAGUCCCUGUUAUGGCAUCAAAUAUGGAUACAGUUGGAACUUUUGAAAUGGCUAUUACUCUUGCCAAGUAUGGUCUCUUUACCACUAUUCAUAAACACUACUCCAUUGAUGCAUGGAAAGAAUUUGCUGCCAAACAUCCAGACAAAUUAAAUAAUAUUGCUGCUAGUUCUGGAAUGGCAGCUGGAGAUUUGCAGAAGUUAGAAAGUAUUAUAGAAGCAGUACCAGAUCUCCGUUAUAUCUGUUUAGAUGUUGCCAAUGGAUAUUCAGAAUUCUUUGUUCAGUUUUUACGUGAUGUUCGCAAGAAAUUUCCCUCACACGUUAUCAUGGCUGGUAAUGUUGUCACUGGAGAAAUGGUGGAAGAAUUGAUCCUUUCUGGUGCAGAUAUCAUCAAAGUUGGAAUUGGACCUGGCUCAGUGUGUACCACUAGAAAGAAAACUGGCAUUGGCUAUCCCCAGCUUAGUGCAGUUAUUGAAUGUGCUGAUGCUGCCCAUGGUCUUGGAGGGCAUAUUAUUUCAGAUGGAGGCUGUACAUGUCCCGGUGAUGUCGCAAAAGCAUUUGGAGCUGGAGCAGAUUUUGUUAUGAUUGGGGGUAUGUUAGCUGGACAUACAGAGUCUGGUGGGGAGAUGAUUGAGAAAAACGGCAAAAAAUUCAAGCUAUUUUAUGGCAUGAGUUCAGCGACAGCCAUGCAGAAACAUGCUGGACAUGUUGCUGAGUACAGGGCAUCAGAAGGCAAGACUGUUGAGAUAGAAUACAGGGGAGAUGCAGCACACACUGUCCAAGAUAUUCUAGGUGGAAUACGGUCAACUUGCACCUAUGUUGGAGCAUCAAAACUUAAAGAACUCAGCAGACGAACAACUUUUAUUCGUGUUACACAGCAGAUGAAUGAGGUCUUCUCUCCCUUCAACAAAUCCUCUUAAAUUUCUUUAAUAUUUCUAAUGUACUGAUCCAUAAGAUUUAUAAUGUUUCUUUCUAUAUUUCAA